CAAUGUCAAUUGUCAAAAUUGUUUUGCUGUCGUGUAAAAGUGCUUGUAUAUGGUAAUGCAAUAAAAUAGUGGACCCCAGACUUAAAUUAAUUACAUGUUAGUUUGUGUGUAAAAAUAGUUUGCACUGUAACUUGAAAUCAAAACAAAGUGCACCUAAUAAAUUUUGUUCGCGGGUGGAAGUCUAAUUGUGGAUUGCACAACUUUCCGAGUUGGGACAGUUGAAUUAAAUCAAGCAAAACGGCGGGAAGAAGCAGUAUGCGGAGAGCCCGGGACGGUUAUAGCUAUCAACCCGUGCCAAGGGUUCCUACGGACGAGGUACUCGAACACGAAAAUGAACGAAUGGCACAAGAACUUAGUGGGAAAAUAUCUUCCCUUAAAGAUAUUUCUAUAGAACUUGGUAAUGAAGUACGCUACCAGGAGAAACUGAUACGAGGAUUAGAUGAUGAUGUCGAUAGAAGUUCAGGAUUUCUUGGCAAAACCAUGGGCAGAGUUCUCAAACUGGGCAAAGGGAAUCAUAAUUAUUACAUAUUCUAUUUGUUUCUGUUCUCUAUAUUUAUAUUCUUUGUGCUGUAUAUUGUAUUAAAGUUAAGAUAAUG